UGUCCCAGUCGCAGUCGUCGCCGUCUCGUCAGCUGACGGCGCUCAACCGCAGCCUCUCGUCGGGCGCGGCCUCCCCCACCCACCAGGCGCCCGCCAUCCCCGUCAAGAACUCGUCGCCCUCCGGGUUGCCCUCGCCCACCGCGAUGAUGUCCCCGGUCCUCUACAGCACGGCGGCGCUCAAGAGGCCCUCCAGGAUCGACCAGCUGCAGGGCGAGUGGCGCCAGAUGGGCACGGAUGCACUGACGACUACGCUGUCGGCGCUGUACGGCAAGCUGCUGGUCGUCAUGGGCAUCGCCUUCCCCAUGGCGGAGGUCAUUUCCACCUACAUACCGCCAUCCUUCUACGAGGGCUUUUACCUGUACCUGUACUUCGGCAGCAUGGUCUUCCUCAUCUACAUGUACGCGAUGCUGCUGCGAGAGAGGGCGUCCCAGUCCGUGGCCAGCUCCUUCAAGCGGACGCAGACGCAGAGCUCGGUGUCUGUGGACUCGGGGUCGGAGGAGAGCGGCGACACGCGCCAGCACACGGACACCGAGCUGAGCACGGCGGCCGGCAGCCAGGGCCGCGGCCGCUCCGCCACGCCGCUGCGCCAGCAGGCCACGCACCUGCCGCAGCACCACUACGGGUCCUUCUACCUGCGCAUGGGCGCCGUAGCGUUUGGCAUCGGCAGCAUGAUCUACUCGGGGCUGGAGUUCGGCCAGUACUUCGAGCUGGAGCGCAACACCAAGUGCCAUAACGUGCUGCUGGCGCUGACCCCGGCGACGCGGAUGGCCUUCAUCUUCAUCCAGAUGUACUUCAUAUUCCUCAACAACGAGCAGAUGAAGGUGUACAAGCACCGCGCCCUCGCCCGCUUCGGCCUGAUGCACAUGAUCGGCACCAACCUCUCCGUCUGGCUCAACGUGCUCAUCCAGGAGACCAAGCACGAGAUCCUCACCUUCUACAGCCCCGAGAACAAGACGCUCGGCAUCCAGCACCGCCUGCCAUCUCGCAUUGACCUGGCGGCGGUGACGUCGGGCGGCGGGGUGCUGUCCGGGCACGGCGCGGAGGCGGCGGGGGCGCACCACCGCGUCGCGCGCGGCCUCAAGGGCCCGCACCACAUCUACGAGUGCCGGCGCACCAACAUCAUGGGCUCGCUGGUCCAGGACGCCUCGCCCUUCCUCUUCCCCUGCACCAUCGAGUACAGCCUCAUCUGCGCCGCCAUCCUCUACGUCAUGUGGAAGAACAUCAGCCGCCUGCAGAUCUCGUGCGGCACGGGCAGCGGCGGGGUCCGCGCGGGGCAGCCGCCGGGCGCCGGGCUGGCGCACCAGGCGUACAAGCGGCCGCCCCACCACUACUCGGUGGACUGCGCGCGCGCCCACAAGGGGCUCUUCGUCGGCAUCCUGGUGCUGGUGCUCACCAUCAUCUCGCUCAUCCUCUUCUUCGUGCUCAUCUCCAAGCCCGAGUUCGUCGGCCUCGCCGUCAUGGAGGUCAACAUCUGCGAGCUCACGCUCUACACCACCACCACCGUCGCCACGCUCGUUGGCAUGGUCCAAGUUCGCCAACUGAAGUACGACGGCUGUCGCAACCUGGAGCUGGACAACAUCCUGCUGGUGGGGGCGCAGACCGGCAUGUUCAUCUACAGCACGUUCACCAUCAUCGGUGGCCACUUCACCAUCGAGAAGAACACGGUGCUGGUGCUCAUCACGGCGCUGGCGUCGCUGGUGCAGACGACGUGCCAGACCAUGUUCGUGCUGGACGCAUCACGGCGCUCGUGCGCCACGCCGGACCAGAUCCGGCGCAAGCCGGGCCGCGAGCUGGUCACCUUCCUGCUGGUCACCAACCUCGCCAUGUGGGCCAUCAACACGCUGGAGAAGUCGCGCGCCGAGUCGCACCCCAUCCAGCUGCACUUCUACGGGCUCUGGGCGUGGACCAUCAUCACGCACGUCUCCAUGCCGCUCGCCAUCUUCUACCGCUUCCACUCGACCGUCUGCCUCUGCGAGAUCUGGAAGCGCGCCUACAAGAUGAAGCCCACCUACAUGUAACCACUCCUCCGGCGUCACUUCCUCGCGCAACAGGCUGCCGCCAUCUUCACUUCUCACGCGAGGGUGUCACGGCGCGUGUGACGCUCCUCGGGGACCGAUUAGAUGUAGGCCUGUAUCUCGUUGGGAUGUCACUGCAGCCCCCCUAACAGUAUUGUGGGAAUACGUGUGUUCUGCUGGACAGUAUCAGUACUCAUUGCCAGGCCCAAAACGACUAUAAGUAACUAGUCCCAGUGAAGAAUUCGGCUGCUCUCAAGCAUCUUCCAUAUGGCAAAA